CGGCGGUGGCGGCGCGGCGGCGCGGGGAGCCUCGCGGAGCUGAGCGCGUCAUGGAGGGGUUGGAAGACAAUGGAAGUGUUCAAGUUGGUGAAUUAUUGCCUUGCAAGAUUUGUGGAAGAACAUUCUUUCCAGUAGCAUUAAAAAAACAUGGACCUAUUUGCCAGAAAACUGCUACUAAAAAACGGAAAACUUUUGACUCAAGCAGGCAGAGAGCUGAAGGAACUGAUAUUCCAACAGUAAAACCUCUCAAACCUAGGCCAGAACCACCAAAAAAGCCUUCUAAUUGGAGAAGAAAACAUGAAGAAUUCAUUGCCACCAUAAGAGCAGCUAAAGGCCUCGAUCAGGCACUUAAAGAGGGUGGCAAACUGCCCCCUCCUCCUCCACCAUCUUAUGAUCCUGAUUAUAUUCAAUGUCCAUAUUGCCAGAGGAGAUUCAAUGAAAAUGCAGCUGAUAGACAUAUAAAUUUCUGCAAAGAACAGGCAGCACGUAUUAGUAACAAGGGAAAAUUCUCUGCUGAUACCAAAGCAAAACCAACUUCUCGGACUCAGUAUAAGCCAUCUGUCCUUAAAAAGACAAAUUCUCCUGGAACCACAUCAUCAGGAUCUUCCCGGUUACCACAGCCAAGUGGCACUAGCAAAACUGUCAUAGGUGUGUCUUCCAAUAAAACACCGUCAGUCAGCAAUUCUUUGGGAAACAAACUUCAGACCUUAUCUCCUUCUCAUAAAGUAAUAGCAGCCCCUCAAGCAGGUAAGAUGGACAAGUUAGGCCCUCCACUUCGAACUGGAAGACAAGUGCAAAGGGUGUAUGACAGUGAUACAAAAUCAGACAGUGCCUUCAAAAGACAUGAGUUAUUGCCCAUUUACAAAGCUAACAUCAAACCUCGAAAUACCACACCUCCUAGCUUGGCAAGAAAUUCUGCUUUAGGUAUGCUGCCCAGCAAAAGAAAAACAUUUGCUGAGAGCUAUAUAUCCAGGCCAGAUGGAGACUAUACAUCUUCAUUUAAUGGUGGCAACAUUAAAGGCCUAGAAGGAAAUUCAUCUGGACACUUACCAAAAUUCUGUCAUGAGUGUGGAACAAAAUACCCUGUUGAAUGGGCAAAGUUCUGCUGUGAGUGUGGCAUUCGAAGAAUGAUUCUGUAACAGAAACUCAAAUGCAAAAAGGCUUAGCUCAGAGUUUUAUCAUUAUUGCUGCUUGGACACCUAGAACACUUCCUGAAUGAUUUUGUGUAAAACUGUUCAGAAUACCUUUUUCUUUCAUGUUUGGAACAUAGUCCAUUGGCUGUGUAAUGUGUGCUUGUAUAUAUCCUGUAUAUAAUAAAUGUGUGAAUCCCCAACAGGUUUCAUUCAAGGAAAAGUCUUUCACCUGUCAGAAAAGAAUUUCAAAUAGAAUUCCUCUCUUAGGGAUUGCCCUUCUGUUCAGUAUACCCUCACAAAUCUUGACAUCUACUGCUUUGUUCUUCAAGCUUUAAAUAAUCAUACUUUGAACAACAACAACAACAAAAACAUUGGAAUAAACCUCUUAUUUUAAAUUGGUGCCCGUCACCAGGAGCCUCAGAAUAGGAUUCUGCUAUUAUUGAAGAGACUGUUUUAGUUAUCAAUUGGUGUGAGGUUAUUUUCCUGUUGAAGACUUCAGCAACUAAUUUGGAAUUCCGAAAAUGUAAGAGAUGAAAGUCCUAUGGUCUUUGUUGCACCUAACUUUGUAAAGUAUUAAUUAUAUAAUUUAAGGUUCUGUCUUCAUUCAGUGAGAACAUAAUUAUGCCAUGACCUUAUCAGAGAAAUGAUUAAAAUUAUAAGUGUAUUUUAUUCUCUUCAUGUCUGGUGUUUUUCCCUCCAUGUUAAUUGAACAUACAUUUUUCUGUUUCCAAUUGUGAACCUUGGUCCUAUAUCUCCUUUAUUUCCAUUCCUCCAUUGAAGUGUAAUGCUCAUGUACUACUACAGUGUGGCAGCCAGCAUUCAACAGCAUAUUUACUUAGUUAAGGUAUACGGAAUUUGUAUAAUCUUGUGUUUAAACAUACUAUUUCUGGGUAUCUGAGUUUAUAAGAAGUUACAUUGAUGCGUUUUAAAAGAAAUCACCUCACUAAAUCAAUAACUGUGGCACUUGCUCAAGAAUGAUAAGCGUGCAAGUAAAGUUAUUUUAGUUUCUUAGUGUUCCUUGAGAUGCAGUUACAAGUAGAUUAAGAGAAUCUCAGUUUUUCCUGUUUAUAACUUCUUUAGAGUUUAAUGUUAAAACACCAUUCACAUCACAGUGGGAAGUCACUAAGAAUGUUUAAAGCUUACCGGACUGGUAUAAACACUAAAUGUGUGUUAUCUUUCACUUAAGAUAUUUUGAUAAUUCUUACUAUAAGUAUAACAUUAGUAGAAGGUUUCUGGCUUCUAUAAAUAUUUAGUCAUUCCGUAGUAAUUUCAAUUAAAUCCCACCUAAAUAAGGUUUAUUUUACAAAGUCAGCAGCCUUUUUAUGUUAUAUAUUUUCUCUCUUUUUGUUUGUAAUUCUGAUUAAGGAUCUUUGUAGAAAUUUAUAGCUUAAAAUUUCAUUUCUGAAGUUUAGUGUUGGAUUUUUGAUUUGCCUUUGGUUGGGGAAACAGUUGUGAACUUUGUGAUAAAAGGAGUUACCAUUUUAUUUACCUUAUAAUUUCCUGUUUUUUAAUUAGUUUCUUUUCCUAUUUAUCCCAGUCACAUUGAUAGAAAGGCUUGAAUACCUGUAGUAAGUUUAGAAGAUUAGUGAACAUACUGUAUUUCAUUUCAAUAACUCAUUUUUCUCAUAAUUAAAAAUUAUAUGAAGAACUUUUUGUAUUUUUUUAUGAGCUAGAGAGAGGGACCAUUUGUAUGCCAGGACCUCCAGCCACUUCAUGAACUCCAGACGCAUGCACCACCUUGUGUGCAUGUACGACCUUGUGUGCUUGUGCCACGUUGUGUGUCUGGUUUAUAUAGGACCUAGAGAGUCAACAUAGGUCCUUAGGUUUUGCAGGCAAGCACCUUAACCACUAAGUCAUCUCUCCAGCCCAUGAAGAAUUUUUGAUUCUUGUUUUAUCUAGGAAUCAAUCCUUUCAUUUAUGUUUUUAAAACCAUAUAAAAUUUUAUUGUACUUAAAGCAUGGGUAGAUAAAUUAGUUAAAGAAAUACAUACAUUUGUUUCUCAUUGGCUUUUACAGUAACAAGGAAUUGUUAGUUUAUUACAGGGAAGUGAGUUGAUAGGAAAAUAUCGAUUUCAGAGCCAACAGAUUACCAGUCAGUAGGGGUAACAAAUUUAUGAAAUGUUACAAGGUAUUUAAAUGCAGUUUGUAUUCAGUAUUUUACUUUCAUGUUAAUUUAUUGUGCAAUAGUUUGUAAGCAGUCUUUUUAUGCAUCAUUUAUGUUAUGCUUUGUAUUUAUUUGCACAAAAGUGCCAGUAUGGUAGAAUGAAAAAUCAUUGUAAGUUUAAAAAUGUAAAAAUUGCUUAAAGGUUAUUCUAAAGCUAUUACCUUAAAAAGAUUUUCUUGUGACUACUGUCUCUUAUUCAACUUUUACUAUAAGUGCUAUCUUCACCUUGAAAUAAUUCAAUAAAAACACACCAUCAAAAUGC